UCGUAAAUAUUGCCCUGCCACGGUUUAUUUACAAACAAGAUGGCCGAGAGUGCAGAAUCCGCCCUUCAACAAAUUUUCACAGAUAAUAUUAGUGAAAACAAAGAAAACGAAGAUUGCUCCAGUUUUGAACCAGAGAAGAAAAAAUCGAAAUUGGACAUUCCAUCAACUGCUCCCGAUUUCAAACUGGAGGAACGGUUGAGCGGAAUUCUCUGCUGCGCAGUUUGUUUGGACUUGCCAAGAACAUGUUUCCAGUGUACCAAUGGACAUCUGAUGUGUUGCGGAUGUUUCAACCAUUUGUUAGCCGAUGCGAGAUUAAAGGAUGAGACGGCAACAUGUCCAAAUUGCCGAUGUGAGAUUAGCAAGAACUCAUGCACACGUAAUCUUGCUGUGGAGAAAGCUGUGUCAGAGUUGCCAUCACAGUGUGAGUUCUGCUCCCUACAGCUCCCUAGAAACGCCCUGGAGCAUCACGAGAGGGAGAUAUGUCAAGAGAGGCCGACUAAGUGCAAAUAUGCACGGAUUGGUUGCCCCUGGCAUGGGCCAUUCCACGAGUCAGUAGGACAUGAGGGAUCAUGUACGCACCCACAGAAGUCUGGCCUGGAAAUAAUGGAGUCUCUACACAAGAUUGACGAUGAGGAGGCAGAAGAACAUAGACUCUACAAGGAUAUAUUUGGUCUACUCUCCUUUGAAAAAGUUACAUUUAGUGAUCUCCAGUUGAAGCCCUACCGUACAGAUGACUUUAUCACAAAACUUUUCUAUGAAACAAGUCGAUUUUCCGCAUUUAACAACCAGUGGGUAAUAAGGGCAAAAGUCGUGCACGACCAAAAAGACCCCGCCCACUCUUCGCAAAGGUCAUUGACCUACCAGCUUGUUCUAAAAAGUAAAAUCAACCAGCCACUAAAUCUUCACUACAUGGUUCUCAAGGGUCCAUACGGAGAGACGAAGGUUAAACCUGCCAUAUAUAGACAUGACUUCUCGAACGACAGCCAGGAAACAAGCCACCAGUUAUUGCCAGUGAUUGACUCUAUCGAGUGUAACAAACUACUGGCAUCAAAAACAAUCAACAUGAGAGUGUUAAUGUUUCAAGUUCCAUCAUAGAAUUUGUGGUGUAGGCAUACCGGGUAUAUUUUGUGCAUUUGUAUAAAUCGCCAUUAUAAAUCGAGAUGCAUUUUUUACCUUAAUAUAAAUAUACCAAGAAGUCAUUACUGUCCAAGAAUAGAGAAUUUCCUUCCAUUGUUCCAAAUAAUUUGGCAGUUAUAAAGUCAAUGGGAAAAACAGAUUUUAUAUACAAGUAUUUUUAAGGUGUUUUCUAAUAAUUUUCUAUACAGUACAUUUUUUAGUCUUUCAGCAUUUAGUUCUUCUGUCAGAAUUUGUAGAAAUUUCAUAUAUUGAUGGAAAUUUCCACAUUUAGACAGUUGCAUCAACAUUUGUGUCCAUAAUGUUUACAUUUAUUUACUAAAUAUUCAUCCACAAGGGUUACUUAAAGAUUAUCUCAUUCAUCUAGAAAAUACUGUUUUUCCCCCAUAAAACUCAUACCAAGGGCAUUAUUUUUUAUCUUUCAAAGUAACUUUGUAUUUAUGUGUAGUAAAGACACUUUUACAAAUUCUUAGAUAGAUUUAAAAUUAACUUGUCAAAUUAAUGUUCCAUAUUGGAAUUGAAUUGAUUAUUUUGAUGAUGAAAUUUGUGAAGUUACUGUAAAAGAAAACCGUCACCUUCAGUUUCUGUAACAACUGUCAUGGUAGAAAAGUGAUACUUAUUUAAACAGUAUGAACGGCAUGGCAGUUAUUAAGAUUUCUUCAGUUUCAAUCAUUACAAAAGUCGUGAUAGAAAACAAUCCUAGCUUAACUAACUAAGUAAUAGUCUUAUACAUUUUAUUUUUUUUAAUUUAGGAUAUCAAAAUAGUUCCAAAUGUUUCUUUAUUAAAAAUUAUAACAGAUUGAUAACACAGAUUACCACAAGUUUUUAUCUCUUUUCGAGUACAGGUAUGUGAUUUUUAGCUUGACUUUUCGAAGAAAAAGUAGAGCUAUUGCACUCGCCCUGGUGUCGGCAUUGGUUAAGGGGACGCAUACUUUGAAAUUAGAAAAAAGUGGGUGGGGUAUUAUAAAAUUUACCUGCAAAAAAGUACAAGGUUUUGGUAAAUGAAAUGAAUACUGUUUCAACUGUUAUAAGUACACAAAGGAUUGCUCACUAAAAUAAAAAUGAGGAAAACUGAAAUAAGAAAGUUAUUGUUGAAUUACAUAAGACUUCUUGUGUACAUUCAAAGUCAACAAUUACGACUUUUUGGUGCGAAAAUAAUAGUGCUUCACUUUGUCCAAACAUUUAUCAAUGUCCUACAGAUUCUAAUUUAAAGAAAGAAUGUGAAAUAAGUUCACUGUCUUGCUUUUCAUUUCGCAUAUGUGAGCUAAAACUCAUUAUUUAGUUUGUUUACAAAGUAGUGCAUAAGAAAAGAUACGGUGGUCAAGGAAUGCCACAUUCUAAAACUAUAAGAGUAUAUUCCCCUUAAUACAUUAAACAUUUAUCGUUACAGAAGUCUAGUGGCUUACAAUAAAGGCCUAGAAAUGUUGCCAUUAUUAAUUUUUAACUUGGUAUUCAUGAACUACAAUGCACUUAAAUAUCAAAACACAUUCAACAAACUUUUGAAAAUGUAUUCUCUUAAAAAUCCCUAAAAUAAGGUAUGAAAUUUGGUUGAGAGGUCCAAUCAAUGUGUAUAUGUGGAAAAGCAACAUUCUAAUCUUGUUCACAAAAGUUACUAAUACACAGCUGGAAUGUCAAUGAUCAAAACUGGACGAAUAUACAGUUAUCCUCACUUUAAUGUCAUUUAUAAUUUGUCCUUGAAUUCUCCACCAUACUUUUCAUAACUCUGUUUGCACGAGUUGCACGAGAAUGCUGUCAUUCACGUAAAAAACGGGGUCAAAUAAGUUGUAAAUGCAAUAUCAUCUAAACGUAAUUAAUGGAUUAUGCAGUUCAAGACAAACUUUAUCUCAUAACGUAACGAACAUGUACAAUGUUGUAACAACAACUUUACUUACACUGAUUUAAGUAGCAGUCGGUUUAUAAGUGACUUUAUUGAUUCAUUUUGUGUUUUGUUAUUGUUGUCAAAAGUAUAACGGAAGUGCCUCACAACUGAAGCGGAAACCAGUUUGAUGCGCAAAGUAGUCCACUGUAAGUAAUAUUUUUUGACAAAUGUCCACAGAAAUUAAUAAUUUUCUCAUAUUAAAGACGAAUAUCUGAAUAGGAUUCAUUAUUUGAUAAGAAAUUAUAAUCAUCGACAUGUUUUUUUAAAAAUCGUACACGUGCUGACACCUAAGUUGUCUCCCGUUGUUUAUUAGAGUUACCUUUCGUCAGGCGCAGUAAUACAUUUGCAGUGAAUCGCCGAGAAGUCGUGGGAAAAUUAAAAACCAUGUAAACAAAGUAAAAUUAAUCACCUUUUCAAGAUGAAUUUCAAGUGAUCGACAUUAUGCAUUUAACCCGCCUGACCUGUGUAGCAUCUUAGAUAUCUUUUCUAAGGUAUUCAUUGUGUAGAAUGUCAUGUUAUGCCCUUGCAAUGCUAAUCCCACUCUGACUUUUUUGUUUACAUUUUUUAUCAAUGAGAAAUAUGGCGUCCAUCCCGAGAUUAACAGACGUGGCGUUAAAUUUUUACAUGUUUAAGCAAACCUGGUGUGUUAGAAAGAAAAUCUCAUCCCUUCAACAUUAUUUGGAACACUGUUAUUGUAAAAAACCUGUAUUUUCCUUAUACAAAAGCUUAAUAUUUUGUGUUGAAUGUACUUUCACAAAGACCUCUGUUUUCCUAUUACAUUCAUAGUACCACAUCCUUAUCCACAAAAUACUGAAUAUUACAGGUGUCCAUCAGUAUUAUAUCAGUUUAGGAAUAUGUUUUUUAUUUUCCCACCAUCGAUUUCUUGAAUAUGCACCCCUUCCGCAUUGCUGUAUGAACUGUGAAUGUAGCAAUAUGCGUCCCCUUAAAGUUUUUGAUAAAGUCAAAUAUCUCAGUUACUGUCAUAGCUGUUGACUUGAAACUUAAAAUAGGUAUUUACUAUCAAAGUCUACAUCAGGAGAAACAAUCCUCAUAACUCUGGUUUGAAUUUUGAAAGAGUUUUGCCCCUUUCUGACUUAGAAUUUUUUGGUUAAAGUUUUUUCUUAAGUCAAAUAUCUCUGUUACUAUCAAAGCUUUUGAAUUGAAACUUAAAAUAGUUAUUUACUAUCAAAGUCUACAAUAGGAAAAACAAUCCUCACAACUCUGGUUUGAAUUUUGACAGAGUUAUGCCCCUUUUUAACUUAGAAUAUUUUGGUUAAAGUUAUAUGAGGUUUUUACUGGCAAAACGCUAAUUCAGAGUCAAGCACUGAGAAAAGUCGAGCACGCUGUCAUCAGACAGCUCUUGUUUGUGUUAGAUUUAAAAUCAGACCUGGCUUAAUUUUUAUAUUUAUUAAAGUAUAGGAUGUAUGUCUACCUCACAGUCAAAAGUAAUUUUCUAGGUGAAAGAGAUUAACUUUGAACAAUUAUUUUAUUAACACUUAGAAUAUUUACUUUGAAUUUCUAGAUAACUUGUGAAAAAUGAGUUCCAGUUGAAUACUAUUAUGCACAGUUGGCCUCUUAGAUAUAUUACUUGAAAUAAUUUUUGUCAGGACAUUAAUAUUUCAGUCUGAAUUUAACACACUUGACAGAAGUUAUGUUGCCCAUAUUGUUGGUAUUUUCUUGUUGCAUGAUUUUUUGUUUUGGUAUAUUUUGAUAAUCAAUAAAAAAUUUCCCAACUUAUUACUGGUUAGGAAUUGAAAUGAGAUGUUUUUGGUCUUAAAAAACAGCUUUUGCUAUUUAAAAUGCAGUCUUGGUAUAAUUAACAAAACUAUCUUUGAUAAAAAAAAAAACAAAAAAAAAACAUUCAAGAUGGGAUAAAAUGCAGUGUCAAUAAUAUAAAUUUUUGUAGAAUGAUAUGACUUGGCAUGCUUUUAAACAACCACCAAGUCAAUUCUAAAUGCAUUCAAGAAUGUGCUGUAGUAUUUCACAGCUUCAUCACUGCUGUACAUUAAACAUACGGAUAACUUGAUGCCAAUUUUGAAAGUUACCUCCGUACACAUAAAACAGGGAAAUGUCAUAAAAGCAUUCAACCAAUUUUCUAAACAGGUCACAUUUUUAUACACAUCUGCAGUCUAUUUAUUGAAAUAUAAUUUAUUUCUGUUCAUAUGAUUUAAAAUUUUAUUUGCAUUAUGAUUCUUUUAUUAUAAUUUAAGUGUUUUGUUUCACCAUCUCUUAUAUAAUUUUCUAGUGUUUGUCAUUUAGUUUGCCGUUCAUUGCAUUUUACAGGAUUUUUGUUUUAUCUGUUGUUAUAUGAUUAUGUAUAUUUUAAUAUGUACCAUAAUUGAUGGGGAACAUUGUAUUUAUGUCAGAACUGAUUAAAGAAGAAUUAAUUAUUACAGAGAAAAUGAAUGUACUUGUUUUGUUUUCAUUGUGUUAAACUUGUAAAAAUUAUUUAAGUGAUUCUGCCUUUGUGACUAGUGCAGACCAAGAUCAGCCUGCACAUCUGUUCAUAAAACAUGUAGGAACAUAGAAAUUAUUUUAAGCUCUAAUGUAAAUAGCUGUUUUAAAUGAGUCUUUUGCUUAUAGACUAAAUAUUUAUAAAUAUAACAUGCUUUCAAGAAUGGUUGAAAAGUUUUUUAAGAAUACCGGUAGUAUGCUAAAUUCACAAGUACCGUAUCCGUACUGAAUUAUAUAAGGUGUUCUACCAUUUGCUUGCCUUAGCUGACUGAUUGGCCGGUCUGUUUCUUGUUCUCAAACAGUAUUUUGAUGAGUUUAUUUCAAAUUUAACAAUAGUGUUCUUCUUUGACCCUUUACCAGUGUAUAUGUAAAUUUAAAUGAAAGCUUGCAGAAAAAAACAAAAGAACAUCCCCCUUAUAAACUUGUUAGAAACAACAAGACAGGGUUUAUAGAGUUGCCCAUGUUUGGCCUUCUGUAAACCAUUUUGGUUUCUGAUAAAUAACUGCAUAAUGCUAGAACCUUUAGCUGUCCAUAUUGAUCGGAUUUGUUCCAUGUUCAGAAGCUGACCCAAUGACUUCGAUACUGCAAUGCUCUCCAGUCUGAGGAAGGCUUUGACCUAUAAGCUACAUAGGAUGGUUGUCAGUAGAUGACCCUUAUUGUAUUUGGGGUUAGUAUGUCAAAGGUCACAGUGAAAAUUUGUUCUUAUCAAUACUUCGGUGAAAUAGCCUUCAAACUUUGUACGAUAGUUGCUUGUGUUUCCAUACCCGUAUUGUUUUGAUGGGUCACCAUUGUUCAUUGUGACUGAAAAUGGUCUUGGAUCAAUAACUAGAGAAGCUUUGGUCUAUGGCCCUUCAAACUUAAUAGAAUGGUUGCCUAUGUGUGUAGAUGAUCUCUGUUCAUAUUGAUGUGGAGGUUAAUGUCAAAGGUCAAGGUUACUGACUGAGACAAAAACAAUUUCCAGUCAGAAACUUGUGAAUGCUAGGGCCUACCACCAUUACACUUAAGAAUAUGAUUGCCCGAGGUCAUAUAUGAACCCUAAUUUUUAGUAGUCUGGGUCAGAUCUCAAGAAAAAGUUACUGCAAGACUGAAAAACAGUUUCUUCUCAAUAACUGGAGAAAUCUUGGGCAUACAUGUAGCCAAACUUAAUUGGAUGGUUGCCUGAAGUCAAUAGAUGACUUGCAAGUUUUUGUGGUAUUUAGGUUUAAGGUCAAGGUCACAGUAUCUUCAGUUUGUUGUCACUAUGGUCAGCAGAUGACUCCUACUGUUUUUAAGGGACUGUACACCAAAGGUCAAGGUCAAAGUGGGCUAGAGACUUAAGAAAAUUCAGUAACUUGAAAUUGCUUGUAUAAACAGCAUUUGAACAUCAUAGAAUGGUUUCCUGUUGUCAAUAGAUGACUGCCAUUGUUUCUGCAGUAUGUCAAAGGUCAAGUUCACUGAAAUACUGAGACUAAAAUAGACAUCUACUGAAUAGUUUGUUUCAAAUCAGUUAUUUCAUUGGAUGAUUGCCUGUGUGGAAAAGAUGACCUAUGUUGUUUUCAGACUUAUUAGUUCAAAGGUCAAUGUCACUUCGUUCAAUAAUAUCCAGGUCAAUGUCAUUUGAUAUUAUCUUAUGAUAAGUAGAUGACCACUAAUGUUUUUGGGUCAUUUUGCCAAAGGUCAAGGUGAGAGUAUUCUUAAGACUGACAACAAUAAGGAGAAGCAGUUUACAUUUAAAUUUUAAAAUACAGCUUUGUAGAAUAAUCCAGAACAAUAUGGUAUCAGUCAAAACACUGAUGAGUUAGGUAGAACUACCCAGGUCCUCUUUCUGCAUCUUUAUUUUAGACAAAACUAAGAGAAAUGCAUGUGUAACAUAAUCGAUAUAAUUUUGAAUUAAAUAUGAAAAAAUGCCAGUGAAAGUACUAAUUACUUAUUGUUUAUUUUUUGUUCAUUUUAGAAAAAAAAAAUUGUUACUGCCAUAGAAUUGCCUAUUGUAUAACAAGUAUGGGUUAAUUGGUAUAAAUUAAGAUUUUUUUCGGGCUUUCAGUGAUCUCUAUGAUAAAAUGUAUGUAUAUAUUAUUGCUGCAUUUUUAUUGUGUUUGUUUAUUAUAGAUUAUUUAAAGGGGCAUGCUUCAAAAUUUGUCUUUUUUCAAAAUAAAAGUUACAUUAACAUUGUUAGAUAGUUAAUAAAUAAUUCCAAGCAGUAUUAUUUAGAACAAAAGCUGUCGGAGGACAGCAACGCUCGAGUAUUGAACAGCCUUGUCAAUUGAAUAAAUGUAAGUCCAAAAAUGGGGCAUAAUAUUGUAAAAAUGCAAAACAGAGUUAUGGAACCUGUGCAGUGUAAGUCAGUUCUUCACAGUGAGUAAGUGUGUGAAGUUUCAGUUCAUUCCCACAAGUGGUUACUGAGAUACCGGCUUACAUACAAAUUGGGACGCUGACGCGUGUGUGAGUUCAAUAGCUCUACCUAUUCUUUAAAUAGUUGAGCUAAAAAUGUAGUCUAUAGAAUGAAUAGAAAAGUUGAUUAUUUAGCUGUUCUUUAGAUCACCCAUAGAAGAACAACUUAAAUAAUUUUUAAAAAAAUAUGAAAGUCUGAUGUAGAUCUGAAGCCAUGCCCCUUUAUUGGUUAAUCUUUUAUCACUUCGAGCAGGUGAGUUGAAAACCAAUUAAACUAUGAUAUACAUUUUUUAAGUAUUUAUUCAAAAGUAAAAUGACUAAAAAAAAAGUUCCAGGAAAUCUGUUGGGUCAUUUUAUUGUUUUUUUUUUUUUUUGGUUA